CUUGCAAGAUGAAGAUCUUCGUAACGAUUGUACUUCUCUCUGCCUUCGCAUCAGUGGUAGAGUUGAAGAAAUCGGAAUCGAGGAAGCAAAAGCGCGGAGUGGCAUUUUUUGGAUCACCUAGUUACGAUUUCUUUAGCAUUGUGCCAGCUUUCAGUCCUUCCUCGUGGGGUCCUACAAGUCUCGCGACUUCCGCCUGGAACCCACCGAGCACUCCUGAUAUAGCACUCACCCAAGUCCAAGUUCAAGCUACACACAAUGUAGCGCUUCAAGCUCUGAAGGACCCGGCACCAGGUACACCUACUAUCGCGUAUCCACCCGAGGUCCUGCGAGCGAUUCAACAAGCGAAAGAGGCGAAUAACAAUGUUGCCAUAGCUCAGCACAAAGUUACGGAAGCGAAACAAGCCACGCUGAUUCAACAGAAAAUUGCGUUAGCGAAAGAGGCGGCUGCGAAGGAAGCUGCCGCGAGAUCUCAAGAAAUUUCGCAACACGCCGAAUCCGAAGCUAGAGAUAGCGCUCGCCAACUUGUGGCGUUGCAACAGAGAUUAGCAACCUUGAAAGACGCUGUAGCAGCUUCACAACGAGUGGCGGCUGCUAGGGAAGCCGCUGCGGCCGCGGCGAUUCAAAGAAAUGCGGCUGAAACCGCCGCCGAGCUGCAAAAACAGGACGUUGAUAAGCAGAUUAACCAGAGUGAACAGGAAGCCAAGGAAAAGGAUAUACUAGCCGCUAAGGAGAAUGCAGUGGCAGCCGCGGUUCAGCAAGCGAGUUUACAGAAACCUGCUCAUCAUCCUUGGGGUUAAAAAGUAUAUCACUACAAGUAUAUAUUCAUGGUGACGGAACACGAACGGG